UCGGAAACAUAACAAAAUUGCGUCACACACCGGCGAAUUUCGUAAAGUGAUAAAAAUAACAAAACCGUAAAUUUGAUAAAAAUGUGGCCACUGAUUCUCCAAUUUUUGCGCUCCAAUGUGGCCUACAUCACACUGCCGAUUGCGGGAAUCGUGGGCGUGAUCGGGUACAACAUUGAGAGUUUGCUGUCCGACAAGUACACGCCGUACAGUGCCUCCAUUCAGGAGCAGCGCGCGGAGCGCAACACAGAUGAUGAAAACCUUAAAAAUGCAGCAGAUGUAGAAAAGCUUGUGUACAGGGAAAAUGUCCUGGGAAGAAAUCUUUCUCCUUCGCUGGAUAGCAGUAAGAAAUGAAACUAAAAUAUUCUGACAGAUUCUUCAUUGUUUAAAUUUAGUGUUGGUUUUUAUACAAAUAAACGGCAUUUUAUCGUAGAA